AGUUGACAUUCCCUCUGCCAGUCAUCACACACUGCCUCCUGGUCUUGCUGAGGUACAGUAUCCAUUUGACCUCUAAUCAUGUCUGCUCAGUUUUGUGUAGUUUUGCUGGCUCUCUUCUCUCUGACUGCUGCUGCUGAUCCAGACUGUGAAGAGCUGCUUAAACCUCUGGAGGAUCGAAGCCAGGUUUCUGGAAAAUGGAUAUACACUGUUGGAACAUCAACCAGUGAAGAGGUCCUGAGGGAACUUCAUAAAAUCACCAGCUCCUGGAUUGAAUAUAUACCCAUCCCUGGUAGUGAUGAAAUGACCCUAAGCUGGGCAGACAAAGUGGAUGGAAAAUGUAUUCGUGGGAGCGUCAAUACCACCUCCUCUGAAAACUCAACUACAAUUAUCUUUCACUAUAACGGCACCAAUUAUGAAUACGUUGGGAAGCACCUGAAGACCAGCACUGACUGUGUCCUUUCAACGGGCACAACUAAGUGGUCUGCCACCAACGGAGAAACAAAAACGUCUAGAGACCUCUACCUCUUCACAAAGGCUGGGAAGCUGGAUGAUGAUGAUCUGGAGGUUUUCAAGAAACAGGCUGCGUGCCUCAACUUUCCUGCGAAUUUCCACUUUGGCAUCACAGACCUGUGUCCUGAUGGGAAAGAGGCUGCCACUGAUGUAAAGGAAGGAGAACAAUAGAGUUAACACUCACCUACACCUCAAGACUAUCCUGAGACCUGAAGUUACACCAUGAGUCAAAUCUGUAUUCAAGUGAACUGUUGUUGGUGUAUUUUAGGUCCUGUUACCACUUGUAUGCAUCACAGAUGUCUUUAUAGAUGUAAGAAGAACACCUUCUGCAUCUUGCAGGAGGUUUAAAGUGAGACAAGACAGAUUACAGCUUUCUAAAUGGUUUUUUUCCCCACUAUAUUAUAAAAACAAAGAGCUACUCAGCCUGUUAAAGUCAUUUAUCAUAGUAGACACUUUUAUUUACAGCAGCUCCUUUUUUGUUGUGUUAAAGAAUGGAUUCACAUUUAAUACCAGAUUCAUAAAUCUCAAAGGAUACCAUCGGUCUUUUAUGCAUAUAACAUUUAGGAUUGUUGUUUGCAUGCUUGUGUUUUUGCAUAAAUGUAAUCUGUUUGCACUCACUGUCUUUUGGCAUUCAUAUUUUCCUCUAGUUGACACCAUAGAAGUAACUUCCAGAGAGCUUUUAGUGAUUUCUGCAAAACACUGGCCAACGAAAGCUGUAACAAAGUUUAAAAAGUUUUUUGUGGUUCAAAGCAACUGCUUUUGUGUGUUAGUAAAGUCAAAGAUAGGAGUACUGUGAGUAAAGCUGUGGACUGGCU